AUGCGCAAAGGACUCAGCAAGGACCCAAAAUAUGCUGAGUUGAUGGGAGAAGAUAUCAUUGGCAUAUAUCUCUCAACGGAGCCAUUUUUCCUUUUACAACAGACGACGGAGGAUGAUGAACCGAAAUUGCGGCGAUUUGUCAACCAUCAAGAAGACAUUCACAACCCGCGUCUAAUCAGUCAAGGAGAACACGGUGUGGUGAUUUUGGCAGAUAUUAAGGGGGCCGAAUAUGCUGUCAAAAUUUCUAAAUUAAGCACUGGAAGCAACCCGGACCUGUCUUCUACUUGUAUGAUGUUGCCAUAUACACCUCGCCUCUUGCCCACGAAUGCAGAGCUUAUGCCCGACUAG